AUGUGCCAGCUGGAAGGAGUGACCCAGUCGGAAAUGCUGACUCGCUGGAUAGACGCACGAUGGGAAGCCAUGGGCUACCAGGAUUCUGAUCUUGCCGAGGACGAACUGGGCAAGUGCAAGGAUUCUGAUUGCUCUUCUGGAGAGCCCAGGAGCACGAAAGAGCCCGGCACCGACAGCAUAGCUGAAAGUGGAGAAGGUGUUUCCAGCCCAAGUGCCGGGAGGUCCGCGUUCAGCAGAGAUGAACCGCUUGAGCGCCAGUCACUACCCCCAAGUCCAUCAGCUCCUGCAUCUGCCAUGGAUGAUGACGAGGACGACGAGGAGGACGGCGUGCCAGACAUAGAGACCUGGAUGCGUCGAUAUGCCUCGAGAGGGUCAGCGGAAGAAGACGAGUGA